GUGGUGAUGAUGCAGAAGUUUUUAGAAACAGAAAAUCAUAUUUUUCCUUUAAUGUACAAGUUGUGGUAAAUGCAGAUAAUGAAAUAAUGGAUAUUGUAGCUCGAUGGCCCGGCUCUGUUCAUGAUUCAACAAUAUUUCAGAAUAGUAAUUUAAAAAUGCUUUUUGAAACAAAUCACUUUCACAAUUGCUUAUUAUUGGGUGAUAGUGCAUACCCUGCAAGACCUUAUUUAUUUACACCAUUACUAAAUCCUCAAGGCCCUGCUCAACAAUUAUAUAAUGAAUCACAUAUCAGAACAAGAACUAGAGUAGAACACAC